CCAGAAUGGAACAGACAUUGUCAACAUUCUUCACUUCUGCCUGUUGCUUGCAUUCACAGAUAUUAUAAUGCUUCAUGAUACCCCUUUCACUUCACUGUCCACAUCUUUCCAGCUUCUGUAACAAUAUACUAUCCACUACGUCAUCAUAAUUCGCCCGUCAACAUGCAUGUUUAAGCUUCAAGACACGAACCUUCUGCCACGAGACGAAGUGUCCAACCCGUUCUCAAGAACUCAAAUACAAUGGCGUCGAGUGCACGCACCUCCACCGAUCGAGAACAUAGCGAUUUUGAGCAUAUCCAUGCAACGUCAACUCCCCAAUCCCUCUCGAAAGCGGUGCACGCGCGCAGAGCAGAAUACACACGACCACAGAAGAUUAAGGUUAAAAUUGGGACAUGGAACGUUGCCGCAUGUCCGGGUACCGAGAAAGAUCUAGGGGGGUGGUUCGUGCAAGGAAAGGGUAUUGAUAAGAGACUGGCUGGGCUGCAGGUCACUGAAGGGAUCGAGGAAGAUGGCAGCCAGGCGUACGUGGAAAGCGUCGAAGCACAGGAGGCUCGCAGAUCCAAGAAAUCGAGUACCUUGCCAAUAGGUGAUCAAGGGACCAUUGCUGGUGGAGAUGAGAUAGGACUCUACGUGCUGGGACUACAGGAAGUGGUGGACCUUGCGAGUGCGACACAGUAUAUUGGGAGAGUCUACACGGAUCUAGAACCGACAAACAAAUGGAGAAAAGCUUUGGCAGAAGCUCUACCUACUGGCUACGUCCUCAUCGCCGAGCAGCAGCUUUCCGGGUUACUACUGUUCAUAUUUGCAUCUCCUACAGUGGCACCGACCAUCAGUUCUGUGAGCACUGUGAGUGUUGGCACUGGAGUUAUGGGAUAUCUUGGGAACAAAGGCGCGGUCACCACAAGACUAAUACUGGGAGAGACGACUCGAAUGGUUUUCGUGAACUCACAUCUAGCGUCUGGAAACGACCCUGCACAUUUUGAGCGACGCUGCUGGGAUGUGACCCAGGUCUUACAGCGGACACGAUUCGAUCCGAUAAGCUGGGCUGGGGUCUUGGACGAUGGCCAGGAAGCAAUUGGAGAGGAAGAUUUCGCAUUUUGGUUUGGUGAUCUGAAUUUCAGGCUAGAGGGACUUCCUGGCGAUGAUAUUCGCAGACUGCUUAUGCUUCAUACGAAAGGCGAAUAUGAUGUCGGAGCCAAAUCGAGGACCAAGAUUGAUGGCGAACUAGAAGAGGGUAGUGACGGACCUAUCAUUGUUCACAGCGUGGAAAGCGACUCGGAUUCCGAGGGAGAAUCAGAACCAAGGACGAGCAGCUCAUUUGACGCAGCAGAUGAUGCUUCAUCGAGUACGUUGCCCGACCCUGACGACUUUGUGCAAGACCCAAGUCAAGAUCCAGCUUCGCUCCAAGCAACACUAGAUUCCUUACUUCCUCACGACCAGCUGCGACGUGCCAUGAAAACGAAGAAGGCCUUCCAUGAUGGAUGGAGAGAAGGGCCAGUGACUUUUCUACCUACAUACAAGUACGAUGUUGGAAGCAUGGGUAUGUUUGAUUCUAGUGAGAAGAAACGAGCUCCUAGUUGGUGCGAUCGCAUACUUUUCCGGACACGCAAGGACAAAUUUGAAUAUGACGGCAAAUUACAAGAAGAGGAACUGGCGAGAAUUAAGGACGAGGAAAUGAAAGCCAGAGGCAUUGAUCACGCAUUAGACGAAGAAGACGUUUUGUUUGAUUACAAUCCGGACGAAGAUGGAGUAGAAGAUGUUGCGAAUAAUGUUUAUGACGAAUAUGACGAAGGCGGCGACGAUGACAUGGGAGAGGCUGUCGUUACAAAAGAAGGAUAUAUCGAUAGGAUACACUUGGACGUGUAUACGUCACAUCAGCGGGUACUCUCUUCGGAUCACAAACCAUUGGAUGCGGUUUUCACGCUAGAAUAUGAUGCUGUUGUGCCUGAACUCAAGGCGAAAGUGCAUCAAGAAGUUGCUAGAGAGCUCGAUCGAGCCGAGAAUGAAGGCCGGCCGGGCAUAACACUUGUAGUGGAUCAUUCCGCUGAUGAUACACCCCCAUCCUCAUCCUCUCGAGAACAUUCAGGAGGAAGCACUGAAAACAUUAGUGUGGACUUUGGGAAAGUAGCAUACGGGCAUCGAAAAAGCCGGGCGUUGACCAUAGCCAACACUAGCCAGGUCGCCUCUACAUUUGCGUUCGUGGAACGGCCAACAGAAUCAGGAGAAGCCGAUCGGAUAGCACCACCAUGGCUCUCGGUGUGCUUCGUUGGAUAUGGAGCUGAUGAGGAUGAACGGUUGCUUCAGGACAUGAAACGAGAAGUUACUCUGGAACCUGGCGAAGCAAUCAAUGCAACGUUAGAUGUAUUCAUCGACGAUAUCACAAUGGUGAGAGCUUUGAACCAGGGCACAGCCAAGCUAGAGGAUGUUCUAGUCUUGCGAGUCACAGAGGGUCGAGAUCAUUUCGUACCUAUCCGAGCAUCAUGGCUGCAAUCUUGCUUUGGACGCUCUGUUGAUGAGUUGAUUCGGAUCCCCGAGGGCGGCGUUAGAGCAUUGGUUCCUCCAAAGAAUGGCUCUGGGGGUGCUGUCAAUCGCGGCCAAGAAGUCUGUUGGUCCGCACCUCGGGAGUUAUUCAAGCUUACGGAAGCAGUAGAGUUGCUCAUCGAACGAGUGAUUGCAGAUUCGAACAUGCUUGAAAACGUAGCGCUGCCGAAAGACUCUCCAGGAUGGCCAUUCGACGAACAUACCUGGCGACUGAAGGACACCAAAGCUAGAGAAGUAUGGAAAUCCAACGUCUUGGAAGCAUUGGAUUCGGAUAAGGUUCUCAAUGAAUCAUUUCCACCUGAGAUUCCAGCUUUCGAGAAACUCGAGAUAAUGUCCGAAAUCUUGAUCAAUUUCCUCCGCAGCUUGAAAGAUGGUGUUGUCCCAGCCUCAUUGUGGGACAAGCUGGACGCAGAUAUGACUGCCCGAGGCAACAAACCAAUCUCCGACAUUGAAGAAAAGAAGGCAUGGGUUUUGGAUGUCCUUUCCAGUUCUCCAAAUCACAACAUCUCCUUUGUCUUCCUCACCAGUAUGCUGAAUCGUGUUGCUGGUGAGCUCGCACCCAUUCCGAAAAGUGGUUGGAACCCAAUUCCGGUGUCUGGGACAAGGAAGAGUCUGGAGUCUGUGAGGAGGAGCUUAAGUUGGAAAGGACGAGCACCGCCGUUGCCGAAUGACCCUGCAGUUCAACAAAGGGAGAAGGUCGAGAAAGCUUAUGCCGAUAUCUUCAAAGAUGUCAUCUUCAGGUUUGAGACCGCAAACCUCAAGGACAAAGAGAGAAGAGCAGGAGAGGAUCGAAGAAAGGAGAUUCUCGAGGCAUUCUUGAAAGGCGGGAGAGAAAUCUGAGAGUGAGGACUCAUCAACAACAGCCCAACUCCAACUACUCACCAUGAUCUACUGCAUAACCGCAAGAGAUGGGACUUUAGCAGGGUAGAAACUAUGCAAGGAAACGGAUUC